AUGGCGCCUACUAUCCUCAUUGUUCCAGGCAUCUGGGAAGGUUCAACUGUUUUCGAUCCCCUUUCCACUGUACUAAAAGAGAAGCAUGGAUUCAGCACCGAGACAGCAAAGCUACUUAGCACCGGUACCCUCUCACCAGGUAAUCCAGGCUUAAAAGAUGACGUGCGUGAAAUACGUGCACAAAUCCAACGCCUUGUCUCGGAGAACGAGGAUAUCGUUUUAGUUCUCCAUUCAGCGGGUGCCUUUCUUGGCAGCGAGGCAAUGCAAGGCCUAAGCAAGAAGGAGCGUGAGGCUGAAGGUCAAAAGGGCGGGGUGACGGGUAUUGUCUUUAUUGCGGGCGCGGUAUUCCCAGAGGGGUACCAUCACCAACCAUUGCCUUUUGCUCGGGUUGAGGGAAAUGCCUCUUACCUUAUUCAGCCGGAGGUGAAUUUCUUUAGUGAUUUCACGGACGAAGAGAGGGAGAAGUGGAUCAAGGUUUUGGAGCCGCAGCCUGCUCACGGGUGGGAUGAUGUGAUCUCUUAUACCGGGUGGAAGGAUGUGCCGAGCUUUUAUGUGAUUUGUGAGAAGGAUCAGAUCUUACCUGUUCCUUUGCAGGAGCAGCUAGCUGCUUUGGCGGGUAGCAAAGUCGAGCGGGUUGAUGGAGGCCAUCUUGCUCACUUGACGCAGACCGAGAAAGUUGCUGAGAUAGUUAAGCAUGCUGUAGAGUCGUUUUGA